GCGGUGGGAAAGUUUCUGUGGACAGCUUGCUAAGUUUCAAACCCAGGAUCUUUCCAACCAAACCUCCUGCUCUUAUCAUAUUUGUCACCACCACCCAAUCGACUAUCAUUUCAUGCCUUGCUUCGAAUCUGCUCAUUUCUAGGUAGGAUUUCAGUGGGGGACGAAGCCAUGAUCAGAUCUAAUGAUGAUUAUGAAGAGUUGAUAUGGGAGGAUGGUCGAGUUAGAAUGCGAGGUUUGUCGAGAAAAUCCUCAGUUCAAAAGACCCCCUCCUUCCUUGGCUAUUCUUACCAGUCUUCUAAAGCUCAAGAACAAAGGGGGGAAGACACUUCUGCGCCAAAGAGAGUAAGGUUUGAGGCUGCACCAGAUCAUAUCAACAAGUACCCUUUGUUGCGGCAGUCGAUCUUGGAUCGGAGAAAGUUGGGUGGUGACAAUGAUGAGAAGAUGAUGGAGUCUUCUCCUUCUUAUUACCCUAAAUCAGCUGCAGCUUUCUUCUAUGAACACAAGAGAAGUAAGAACGUAAACGACCCACAAACCGUUCCGGUAAAUGAAUAUGGAAAUCUGGAAGCAGCUGAGCCUUUUACAAACACUAAUUGUCUGCCCACAGUACCAGAUACUGAUAACAUUCUAAUAAUUCCUCAAGCUUUAGAUCCUCGUCUUGACUCAUCAAGGUCGCAGAAGCAGUACUCAAUAACUGGUAAAGCAAGUGAGAGGAGAAACUUCUCUAUGUUCUUGACACCCCAAGUCCUUGGUAAACCCAACUGCUCCUGGAGGCACUUAUCAUCAGGAGUCCAGGAGAUGCAAAGAAAUUGCUCAAAGAGUAUAAAAAAUGUUGAAUUAAACCAACCAAAUUACUCAAAUAGAGCCCAGAUAGAAAGGACUGAGAUGAUGGUGCCGGGGGACGAGCAAUCUGCGGCUGUUGAAACACAUCGUACCCAGAUUCAUGAUAGUUUACGGGUCAACAGAAACAAAAGAAAGCACAGCGACGAAACGAUUGGGGAAGUACCGGUUGCAUCAAAUUCAGUACGCUCCCGUGGCGCUUCCAAUGACUCAACUUAUAUUUUGAAGAGGAGUUAUCAUCAGAUAAAUGACGAGGCAGGAUAUUUAAGUGAAAAUGAGAAGGAAGAAGGUGAAGAUACGAUGAAACCAGUGCUUGCUCGGAGACCCAAACCAGUUCCCAAGAAAAGUGGAACAGCACAAGUUCAUAACUUAUCUGAAAGGAAACGUAGAGACAAGUUCAACAAGAAGAUGCGUGCAUUGCAAGAGCUCAUACCCAACUGCAAUAAGGUGGAUAAAGCUGCAAUGCUGGAUGAGGCAAUUGAGUAUAUGAAGACCCUUCAACUUCAACUACAGAUGAUGUGGAUGGGAAGUGGGUAUAAUUACAUGUCCCCCAUGAUGUUACCUGCUGUAAAUGGUUCCCUGAUGAUGAGUCAUUGGGAGAUGAUGAGGAUGCAGAUGGCAGCAGCUGCUCCUGCCAUAACUUCACCAAUUCCUGGAGUAUUCCCAGCGGCUUAUAUGCAAUCUCUUGUUUUACCCGGUACUUUGUCGGCACCGGCUGCGGCUCUUCAGCUUUCUUCUUCUGCUCACUUAUCGGGAGCUUCCAGGGACUCGAUGCCCAACACUAACCCUUAUUCUAUCAACUACAAAGCUGCACAUUCCUGAUCCAACGUCCUUUCAGGAAUUAAAAUAGCAAAACCAUUCUGCUUCCCACAAAGAGAUCAUUGGACUCUUGAAGCUGCUGACUCUUAACCAUCAAGUGUUCAGAAACACAACCACUUGCAGCUCACAAGGUUUCCUGAACAAGAAGAUGAUCUAUUCAUUGUGGCUUCUUAAGCAGCCAGUACUUUUCAAGCUUUGCUCAACCCUGAAUGAGUUGUAGUACAUGCUCUCCUCAUAUAUACAUGUAUCUUUAUUAAGUAUGAGUCAUAGGUAUGAAACCAGUUUUAUUAGCUCUGAUGAGCCAGAGUUUUGAACCAUAGGUCAAACUGGCAAUAACUAUAUAGCUUUAGCCGUGGACAGACACUCAUAGAGCUGUAUGCUCUAUCUUGCUGGAACUCUUAGACCUGUAUCUAAUUUCGUAAAGUUGCUUUUGAGAAAGCCUGCUGAGAUUUUCAAUCCUGAUGAUGUUCACAUGCUUAUAUAUAUAAUAGCAUGGACUAAAAUAAUUUUAAUCGUGAUGCUGUUUCCGCAA